AUGCAGUCCGCCGACCCUCGACACUUUUUUGAGACCGACGCGGAGCAGGAAAAGAGGCAGCGCCGGGCAGCCAAAGCUGGCAACAAGUAUGGCAACCCCAUCAUUCUGAAGUCCAAGAUCCUGGCUGCUGUGCCCGAUCCCAGAUGGCCGUCCUCGGCCCUCUUGGUUGCAGAGUCAGCCGGGGCUGUGCGUCUGGUGAAACUCAACGAUCCCGAAGACACCAAGACGGCCUAUCGCGGCCCAACUGCCCCUGUCUGCUGCGUCGCUGAAGGCGGGCCCGAGUCAAGCAUUGUCUUUGCCGGGUCCUGGGACAACACUGUCUGGUCUUGGGACCUAGCCACGAGAACGCCCGGACGGAAAUACGUCGGCCACACAGAUUUUGUCAAGGCCGUUGUGUGCGCAAAGGUUGGGGGCAAGGACCUCCUGAUCAGCGGUGGUGCCGACAAGAAGAUCAUGGUCUGGGACAUUGCCACGGGCGCACGGCUGCACACGCUGCAGGACAGCGAGGUCAACAUGCUCAGCAUACAGGACCUGGUGGUGGACCACGCGUCGUCGACUGAGGGGGAGGUGAGUCUCAUCAGCGCCAGCAGCGACCCGCACAUCCGCCGGUGGAAGAUCCGGCUGGACGGGUGGGAGCAGGUCGUCGACACGUCUCCCGAGGCGCCGGGCACGGACCGCCGGACCAUUUUGGAGCACGAGACCACCGUGUACAAAUUGGUUCUUGACCAUGACGGCGACGAAGUCGACCUGUGGACUUCGAGCGGCGAUGGUACAGCCAAGUGUCUGUCAAGGCUGAGGAAUUUCACCUGCGAAGACACCUUCCACCACGGAGAUCAUGUCCGCGCUGUGGCUGUCACGGACCAGUGGGUCAUCACGGCUGGUAGGGACGAGGAUAUCAAGUUCUGGGACAGGACCUCGGGCAAGCUCUACUGCUCGCUUGCGGGACACUACGACGAGGUCACGGAACUGGUCAUCCUCAGGGGCCCAGGCGGCUCGGGCGAACGGGUUUGCAGUGUGAGCAUUGACGGCACUAUCCGGACGUGGCCACUGGAGAAGGCCGGGUUGGAUGCUGCCGUCAAGGAGCAGGAAAAAGCCGUGGACGAGGAGAAGCAGGAGGUGCCUGGAGAGGGCCUGUUAAGUGCUGAAGAGGAGGCCGAGCUCGCUGCUCUCAUGGAAGACGAUGAAUAG